GCGCUUGCUUGUUUGUAUUGUUUUGAUUAGUAAAGCUCCCUUUCAUACAAGCUACACUGAAGCAUUCGCUUUAUAUCAAAUUACAGUUCAUCCAGUAAAAGAUUCAAGGUCAUGGAAGAGCAGAGUGCUUCACCUGGGGGAAACACAGAUAAUGGCAGCCAAAGAAAUGGAGAGGAGAAGCAACUCAAGACCAACUGGACUAAAGGCAGGAAGAGGAAGAAGCCGAUGAAGGACAGUAAUGCCCCCAAAGCCCCUUUAACAGGAUAUGUUCGGUUUAUGAAUGACCGGCGAGAGCAGCUGAGGGCAGAGAGACCAGAUGUGCCAUUCCCGGAGAUUACUAGGAUGCUGGGCAACGAGUGGAGCAAGCUGCCCCCUGAAGAGAAACAGCGCUAUUUGGAUGAGGCAGAGAAGGAUAAGGAACGCUACAUGAGGGAGCUGGAGAAGUAUCAACAGACAGAGGCCUAUAAGCACUUUAAGAGAAAGGUGCAGGAGAAACAGAAGGGGAAGCGAAUGCGAGGAGGAGACGUGGGCCGGCAGGCUGCCAGGGAAGUGCUUCAGGAGAAUGAUGGAGGAUUAAAGGAUCGCUCUGUCUUUGAUAUUCCUAUCUUCACUGAGGAGUUUCUCAACCAUAGCAAAGCACGUGAGGCAGAGAUGCGACAGCUGCGUAAGACUAACAUGGAGUAUGAGGAGCGUAAUGCAGCCCUGCAGAAACACGUGGAGAGCAUGCGCAGCGCAGUCGAGCGCCUGGAAGGAGACGUGUUGCAGGAGCGCACACGCAACAGCCUGCUGCAGCAGCACCUGGACUCACUGCGCUCUGUGCUCACACACAGUUUCGGCAACGUACCUCUACCUGGCAGUGGAGAAACAGCCAGCCUGGACUCCAUUGAUUCCUACAUGAAGAAGCUCCACAGCAUUGUGAUGUCCAACCCUCAAGAGCACGAGCACCUUGUUAGUCUGGUGCGUGAUGUGGUGAACCGCCUCGAGAGGUAAUCGAGGAAUCCUGUGAUCGAUGCCGCAUAAUCCCUUUUAUUCACAACAUGCACCCCAAUGAAUUUUUUUAACUUGUUUUCCUACAAACAAUUAUUCAAAACUGAAAUAUUUAUUUUAUAGUGCUAUUUUUAUCAGACUUUGUUUACUUCAUAUGUUGGUGUUUAUUAAUGUCGGUCCGCUAUGAGUUUAGAAUUUUUAAUGAGUGUAAAAAAAAAAAAAGAAGAUUCCCCAAAUCUGCAUGAUUGUCUUUUUUUAAAAUAGGUUUACAUUUUAAAUAUCAUUUCAAAUGAACUUGAGAAGUGACUUUUUAUUUGAUAUAAAUAGUACUUUUAGAUUGCCAUUCUUCUCUGUGCCAGCAUUACAUAACUACAUAAAAAAAAACACUGAAAAUAAAUUACAUUUGCAGUAAACAUCGGUCUGGAUGGAUCAUGUGUCUGAUGCACUCUGAUACACAAAUCAUGUAGACUUAGUUUAAAUUUGUGCAGUGUGCUAUCUUGGAUGUGGAACAAUGCAGAAAAAGUAAUUGACAAUAACAAGGACAAUUUUAAUCUAC